AUGCAGAACGAACUUCGUGCAGCAGAAACUAUCAUCUUGAAACUCGUUCAAUGGGAGUCGUAUGCGGAUGAGAGAAGUAUUCUUGAACGAAAUGAAGACAAGCCGAUUAACGAAAGGAAGCCGUUGGACAAAAGCAGUGGGAUUUACGAAUUAGUUCCAAUAAUCUACGAGAAUGGAUUGUUACGCCAGUAUGGGAGAAUUGGGGCUGCGAGAGACAUCAGUUAUGACAUGCGCCAUCCAGUGAUUUUGCCCAGAGAUCACUGGGUAACUAGACUGAUAGUUGAGAAGUACCACCGUAAAUAUCGACAUGCUAACCCGGAAACUGUCGUGAAUGAGAUACGUCAAGUCUACAGUAUAUCCAAACUUCGUUCUCUUGUCAAGAAUCUAUCACGAGCUUGUAUGAUGUGUAAGCUACGCAAGGCUCGUCCGAAUAUUCCGCCUAUGGCUCCAUUACCACCAGCGCGUUUACCCGUGCGCGUUCGCCCGUUCAGUUACGUGGGAGUGGACUACUUUGGGCCUCUGCUAGUGAAAGUCGGAAGAGCCAGCGUCAAAAGGUGGAUUGCAUUGUUUACGUGCCUUACAGUACGUGCGGUACACUUGGAGGUAGCGUACAGUCUGUCGACAUCUUCAUGUGUUUCGUGUGUGCGGCGCUUCGUAGGGCGACGUGGUUCGCCAGUGGAGUUCAUUAGUGAUAAUGGGACCAACUUCCAAGGAGCUGAACGUUUGCUGGGGGAACAAAUAAAGCAGGGACUGUCGGCAACGUUUACAAAUUCAUCGACAAAGUGGACUUUUAUACCGCCCGGUGCCCCACACAUGGGAGGCGCAUGGGAACGGCUUGUGCAGUCCGUCAAGAGAGCCAUGAUGGAUGCGUACGCUGAGGGGAAGUUGGAUGAUGAGGGUUUACAAACGUUGGUCGUGGAAGCGGAAAGCAUUGUGAACUCAAGGCCUCUGACCUACCUGCCUCUGGAUUCUGCUGAGUCAGAGGCGUUGACACCGAACCAUUUUUUGAUGGAAAGUUCGAGUGGCGCCAAUCUACCGGAUACAGCACCGGAUCCACAACAACUGCCUUUGCAAGAUAUGUGGAAUCAAAUACAGCAAAAAUUGGAUCGGUUCUGGUAUCGCUGGAUCGUGGAGUACCUGCCAGUGAUACGGAGACAACCGAAGUGGUUUAACGAGGUUCGACCAAUACAAGUAGGGGACUUGGUGCUGGUAGUCAACGGUAAUGAACGUAAUUGCUGGAUACGAGGACGCGUAAUUGAAACCAUUGUCGGAACCGAUGGCCGAGUUCGGCAAGCCAAGGUACAAACCACAGGAAGCAUUCUUCGUCGACCAGUGUCAAAGCUGUCGUUGUUGGAUGUGGAUUCAAGUAGUGCAGUCUUGGUGGAUCGCAAGAUGCACCCGGGGGAGGAUGCUGCCGCAGUAGCAAUGGACUUGGCAACCCGGGCAAACAAUGAACAUACCGAGAUAACACCGAUAGCUACGGUGUAA